AUGGAUGGAAAAACAGCCUCCCCGCAAGCAAAAGAAAAUCCGUUUGACCUGGAUAAGACCUUUGGAUCACAUCCUGCGAAAGUGCCACGUCUCUAUAUUUCCAAAUUAAAGAUAUUUCUUGGAGCAUUGGCAUUUUCUUUUUUUGCCAAAGCUUUUUCAGGAAGCUACAUGAAGAGCAUGAUGACUCAAAUCGAGCGGAGAUUUGAGAUCUCAUCGUCUGUGGUUGGCUUGAUUGAUGGAAGCUUCGAGAUAGGAAACUUAUUGGUAAUGGUUCUGGUGAGUUACCUUGGACCACGGGUUCACCGCCCAAAGGUGAUUGCAACAGGUUCUCUAAUUAUGACCUUGGGAUCCUUCCUAUCGGUGAUGCCACAUUUCAUCAUGGGACAUUACAAUUACAAAAGUAUCACAGUUUCCUUGGCCAAUUCAUCUACAAGUGUUUCGGCCUGUGUGUCAGGAUCUUCCCAACAUUACACUCUUGCCGAAACAUCCCACAAUGCAACUAUGGUUGGAUGUGAAAAAAUGGCAAGUUCCUACUUGUGGGUCUUUGUGCUUGCUGGGAACCUUCUACGUGGAAUUGGAGAAGCCCCUAUCAUGCCCCUGGGGAUGUCUUACAUUGAUGAUUUUGCCACAGAAGAAAACUCUGCCUUUUACAUAGGAACUGUACGGUCUGCAGGGAUGUUUGGGCCGUCUCUUGGCUUCCUGCUUGGAGCUUUUUGUGCCAGUUUGUGGGUUGACAUUGGAGCAGUAAACCCAGAUACACUGACCAUCAAUUCCAAAGACACACGUUGGGUUGGUGCUUGGUGGCUUGGGAUAUUGAUCUGUGGUGCCACCAGUUUUAUGUCAUCUCUUCCUUUCUGGUUCCUGCCUUACUCUUUGCCACAAGAAGAAGAACAAGUUGUUAAGAAGUCAAUGGAAGUUUAUGGAAUCACUCAAGUCGGCCAGAACAAAAUGGAAGCUCCGAGACCCCCACGGCUAAAGGUUUCAGAAGUGGCAAAAGAUUUCUUUCCUACUUUGAAGAAGCUGUUUGGAAACUCCAUCUUCCUGAUCUAUUUGCUCCUUACAAUCCUCCAAUACAAUUCUCUGGUUGGCAUCAUAACCUUUGAAUCAAAGUUUAUGGAGCAGCAGUUCAACAUCUCCGUUUCAAGAGCCAUUUUUCUUAUUGGUGUGAUCGUCUUACCUAUUACCAUUGUGGGGAUGUUCCUGGGAGGUUUUAUCAUCAAGAGGUUCAAACUGCCCAUCACAGCCAUGGCGAAGUUUGCCUGUAUGACCUUUCUGACAGGCUUCCUGUUAAACCUGUUUUAUUUUGGUGCCAGUUGCCAAGUGCUUCAAGUGGCUGGUUUGACUGUCAACUAUUCUGGCGUCCCAGAAGUGUCCUUCAACAAAGAGAAGCCGUUAUCUGCCUGCAACUCUAACUGUGGCUGUGAAGCGACCCUCUGGGACCCAGUUUGUGGAGACAACGGUAUCACCUACAUGAACCCUUGUUUAGCUGGCUGCAAAAAUUCUGUGGGACAUGGAAAGGAUUUGGUAUAUCAAAACUGCAGCUGUCCAGGGGUUUCAGGAGCUGGUAAUUUUUCUGCAGUUUUGGGUCAAUGUCCAAGGGAUAAGUGUACAAGAGAAUUCCCUUACUUUUUAGUGUUGUUGUCGAUAAUGGCAUUUAUCUUCUCUUUGGGAGGAACGCCAGCGUAUAUGCUUAUGUUUAGAUCGGUUUCACCAGAUUUGAAAUCUUUUGCAGUGGGCAUUGAAGCUUUAUGUGGAAGAGUCCUUGGAGGGCUUCCUGCACCAAUUUACUUUGGAGCUUUAAUUGAUCAGACCUGCUUGAAAUGGAGUAGGAAAACUUGUGGUGGCUCUGGGGCUUGCAGAGUAUAUGAUACCAAAGCAUUCAGAAAUGUCUACCUUGGGGUCAUUGCUGCACUAAGAUUUGGAAGCAUCUUCCUUUAUAUCAUCCUUUGCACUUUAAUCAUAAAACGUUGCAGGCAAGGCAAUCAAAUGAUGAAGGACAUCAAAACUGGUGAAGUGCCUGACAUCAAGUUGUCCAAUAUCAGUCCAAAGACAGAAGUGUCCUCUCCCAAGGAGAUGCAAGUCACCGGAAAUACUCCUUUUUGAAAAUUAUCUUGGAUGCUCAUGCAGACAUGGCUGCAAAUUAUGGACUCAUGAUGAGUCAACUGUGGAGCUCCUAACCAUACUAUUCCUUGGCCAAGCCAAAGCUCUGCCAGUCACCGGGGUUAGACAUUGACAUUAGCAUCAAAUGUCACUGCAAAAAGAAGAACCUGGAACUCAGUCUAAGUUCAAGAAAGUCUUAGAUCCUGAGGAAGAUAUCUGAGGAGUUCCCAUUAACUGAGAUUGUGAUAUGACUCCUUGGGUGAAACAUGGUGGUCCUGAGAAUUCAUAAACAAUUGUGCAGUGCCAUGUCAAGUCUGGUACAAGGACAUGGAAGUAGGAAAAGGAAGGUGUGGUUUUGGAGUGCAAAAUGUUGCAUCAUAAUGAAGCCAUGGAGGAGAUACUUUUCUUGAUUUAAACAACUUCUCCUUGUCCUUCUUCAGUGCUAAAUUUCCAAGAAACUCUUCCCUUCUGAAAAUUUUCCUUCCUUUCUGGUUUGGGAUCUCUACACCAGGGGUGUCUAACCUUGGCAACUUUAAGACCUGUGGACUUCAACUCCCAGAAUUCCCCAUGCUGGCUGAGGAAUUCUGGGAAUUGGUCCACAGGUUUUUAAGUUGCCAAGGUUGGACACCUUUGCUCUACCCAAAGUUUACACAAGUAAGGUCCAUUGGCUAAUUUAGUUUCUCAAAACAAUCUCUAUGCAAAUUACUGGCAAUUACAGUGUGGAAAUGGCUAGUGUAUAUGAUUAACAAGUUGUGAAGAUGCCACAACAGCAGAUGACGCUAAAAAAUCAGUGGUGCGUUUCAAAAAAUUUUUUACCACCAGUUUGGUGGGCAUGGCUUGGUAGUGCACACA